GUCGUCAUCGCAGCAAGGACACCUGUAAUUAAUAUUACGGACAGCCUUUUUAGCUACCAAACGGAACGAAAAGAUUGCACCUAAUCGGAUCAGCAUUAUCCGAAACAUCAGUCGAGGCUGCACACGAAAUUUAAACGGGAUUGUGUUUUCAUUUAAGAAAGCUCGAAAAACUUUAUCUUUCGUGCCGUUUUUCUUACUCUUAAAAGCGUUGUUCAACCGUUCCCAUGUCAAAUAUUAUCCUCAAGUAUCACCAUAUCUCAUUAAUUAAGUGAGACAUUGUGUUCUACAUGACUUAUCAACGGUAUUUGGUACGCCUUGCAUCUGUGCGACGCCGUGAAAUAGUGGUAAAGCCUUUCGCGAUCUGUUUCCUGAAUCAAUGUGCUUCUUACCGAUAACGCUACAAGUAGGACACGCAGAGCUUUCCAAAUUUCAUCUGCAAAAUCAAAGAAUUUCCUGUUCGAUGUUUAGGUGAUGAUCGCUGUGCUAGUUUAGACUGAAAACGCACGAAUCCAUCUGCUGCAGUCGGGAAAAUGGUUCUUCUCGAAUGUUUGUUUCGCUUGAAGUACUUUGGCUCAUUUCUCGUUUCCCAAGAUGAUAGUUUACGAAGUGCGUUAAAUAGUAUUUUUUGGUUAAGCUGUUUGUUUGGUAUAGUAUUUCUAUAUUUCCAACGGCUCUUGAAGGGUUUACUGCGGUUGGGCCGGCUGCAGAGGCGGAACUUUGCCCAAAUAGCUCAGUAUCUAUGGAACAUAUGUUUUAAUACGACAGCAAUGCUGUUCCUGACUCUAUAUCGCGUAUUACUGAUCCGGCCUGAGGACGCCAGUAACAAAUACUUUCCCCAGUACCACAAUGUUAUCUUUGCCAGCUCCUGUGACGCUGGGAAAUUUGAAGUCAUUACUUUAGUCCUGGUUGCCUUCGAGGUAGUCACUAUGGUGCUCCAUCUGUCCAAGUGCGAUUACUCGGAGGCAUUCUCAAACGCGCUUUAUGGCGCGCUGCUAAUGAGCUGCCUUACGCUCCGCCUAGAGACCUACAGCAUGCUGCUCAGCUUUUACGUGGCCAUGUACCGCACUUGCCGGGAAUUGUUGCUGUUGUGUUCUAGUCAGAUGGACGCGGCAGCCUCUAAACAGCUUACGUUCCUAGUAGCGGUGAAGAUAUGCACGUGGUGUUAUCUUUUCCUGAACCUCCUUCCGUUCGAAUUCCUCAUACCAACGCUGAACGCUCGUAAGGAUCAUUUUUCCUUGAAGGUCUGGUUCGGGUUGUGGUACUGCUCCUGCAUUUGGAACUCACCGCUGUUGAAGCUCUUGUACCACAAAAUUUAUCAUACGUACCCGUACGACUGUGCCGGUGGCGCCUCAGCCGUGCGCUGUAUAUUGUCGGCCGAUUGGGAACGUUUUCGGCACUUUCGUAACUUGGAGCAUGCGUUUUGCGAACUGAAGCUUCACCUUUCCAAGAAAAAUGUGCACCCGGCUCAUACUAACGAUAGUACAAACGCGCAAGCUACCGCAUUUCAGACCAUAAAGUGUGUGGUGGCGCUAAAGCGGAAGCUAAAGCGACUACGAGAAAAUCGAGAGCUGCAGCGCCUGAAGGAUGAAUGAUAUUUUAUAACUCGUCUUAGUUUGAUGAUGACGAGUUUAUUUGUUAUAUUCUGAGCAGACUGUCACGAUCUCCCUUGCGUUAAGGUAGGAGUAAUGAUAACGUACACAGCGAAUUGCUGCUUUAAUGCCAUCAUAUCCACUGCCUUCUUAUUCAGACACCCUGUGCGUUCCUGCAAGCAUCGUAAAAUUCAAAAGCGAGCUGAUACUGUUAGUUUCAGCUAAUAAAUCUAUGGGCCGAUAUACCCUUCUGCCUACUGCGAAUCAAAAACUUCUUUUGAUUAACCUCGUGCAAGAUGCAGCAAAGAAGAAAGCACGUGAUUUCAGUGUGGUAUUUAAUCGAA